AGUAGGAGCAGCAGCAGCAGCAGCAGUGGUGGUGGUGGUGUUGGCGGUGGUCCGGCCAUUGGUAGACAUGGUCCUCAUCAUGGUUCAGUUUGUUCGAGAUCAGAAGAAAUGGCCGGGACCUCGUUUGUGGCUCACUGUCGCCCAUCAGAGACACUUGGUGCAAGCGUAGAUCGCGCCUCCAGAAGUCUGUACGUGGAAGCUUGUCGACCCACUCAGUCCUCGUCCUCUUUCGGUCGGCGAAGGAAAACGGACGAUGAGGCAGAGAAAUAUCCUGGCUUCUCCAUGUUGUUACUGACUGUUGAGGUUCAUGUUUUUGUCUUUUGUUAAGUCCACGAUCCUCGAUUUGUUAGCUGCGCUUCCCCAAAACUCUUAUCAGUAGUUGGGGUUCAUCUCAACUCGACAGUUUUCCUACGGGAGUGUACGUACGUGAAUGUACGUACAACAGCCUUGCUUCAUGGCAAGGAGUGGAUGAAGCAAGAUGAAUUCAGGAAGGUCAGCAGCCUAAGGAGACAAUGUGCAAAGGACCGUUUACGUCUUAGUGAAUAUGUGUCGUUCUCCGCAAGCUGUCGCCGAAUAAGUGAUGAUCCACAAACCGUGUACGUACAAAUAAGCACAUCCAGCAAGAAACGUGUUCAUAGUCGCAUUCAGAGCAACAAGAUUUGGAAAUAAUCAUCCUUAUCCUUCCCAAGAAUUAGACAGAGCUCCGGAGCCCUGAUGGCCAGACCGAGCUAUGAUCGUACAACAGUUGUUACAUUCUAAUGCAGAAUGUCGAUACAAAAUCCUUAAGCGUCAAGUGUCUUUUAUCGAGGGUCAUAUGGUUGAUCCAUUUCGUGGGGCUAGUGCAUUGAACACUCACUUCAGCAGGAACCGCUUCGAAUCCAACCUCGUCUCGGUCUCGAAAGAGUGACUCCUAAAACAUUCUUAGACAUCCUUGAUCUUGCCAUCACACAUGUUUAACGCUUAUUCGCUGAUUGCAACCGAACUCUUGGACGAGAAACACGACGUAGCAAACGAAGAGUGACGGAAGUAUUCAUCAGUGAUUAUCCAUGGCCUAUUGCAAGAAAGGGAGAAAUGAGAAAUUACUAAGCAGCACGAAGGUCUCAACAACAUUCAACAUACAGUCUUACGUAUCAGAUCUUUACACUUCUUAAUGAGCUGAAUAAGCCUAACCUCGAGACCAUACAUAGUCCUUGAUAUUUUCAUGGCUUGAUGAGUUAUACACUUCUAUAGAUUCACGAGUGUGGCCAGACGGUCAAAAUAAUCGCGACCAAGCCUUUAAUAAAGACUACCCAGACUAGCAACUCUGGACAUUGUUGUGCGUUGUGGCCAGUUGUGGCCUGUUUUGCCCUCAACACAGCAGUGAAUCAUCUCCAUCGGUGGCAAGCCAGACUAAUGAACCAGAAUCUCGGAUGCAUCCAGUCAACCUCUGGAAAACUAAACAGAAACCUACUGAUAAGGAACUGGCGUCUCCCCAAUACCCAGCCCCACACUAAACACGAGCACCAUUUGUAUGUUUUUUUUUUGCUUUCACCAUAAUUUGAUUCAUUUCCCUUUGGUUGGGAUUUCCGUGCUCCCACGCUCUCAUUUCGAAGCAAUGAGCCCAUCCCCAAGUGCCAAGAUCUCGUUGGCUACCCCUUUUGUCGAGUCCUUUGGGUGAAGGGAACCAGAAUCUGGCAUCUGAUCCCUAUUGCGCGGGAUUCGUUUCAAAAGAAGAAGGAGACUUUGUCAAAGGAACAGGCAAGAUUAGAGGGCCCUUCCGAGGAACCAGAAACCAAAAGAACUUUUGUGCUCACAAUGUCGGAAUUUCCAAUUUACUAAUAUCCUCCAACGAACUGACGCCCUCUGAACUCAGAACGAUCUACCUACAGGUGAAUAAGCUCGUCUUUGUCUCAAGGGAUAUUUUUGUGGUCGAGGAACUGUCGUGACGUCAGGUGCUAUCACUGAGAAAAACAAAGCCUGAACAUGUUUAUUGCAUUAGUGAACCCAAAGUCCGGAGGAAACAUUGGCAAUCACCUUCUUCUGAGGUUCAGUGAGAUCCUGGACGAAGAUCGUAUCUACAACUUGUCAGAGGUGGGAGGGCCUAGACGGGCCCUCAUGGAACAUCGACACACUGAUAACCUUCGGAUAAUAGCAUGCGGUGGAGAUGGAACCGUGGGUUGGAUUCUCUCCGUUAUGGACGAUAUGGAGUUUCCCCCUGCGGAGAGACCUGCCAUUGGGAUCAUUCCAUUAGGCACCGGAAACGAUCUGGCCCGAUCGUUGAGUUGGGGCGGGAAAUUCCGAGACAAACCUUUGCGGAAAGUGCUCAUCGAUAUUCAUAACGCGGAUAUCAUCGAUCUAGAUCGUUGGUCUCUGUCCUAUUGUCCCUUGAGCGAGCACGGGGACACACCGGAAGAAAUUGCCAAUGCCGAUGACAAACUACCCCUGGAUGUGCUCAACAACUAUUUCUCGGUGGGGAUCGACGCUCAUAUUGCUCUGCAGUUUCACAAGGCGCGCAAUAGCAAUCCCGAGCAUUUUACGUCCAGGACACGCAACCUUCUUUUCUACGGUCUGGCAGGCGGCAAGGACUUGUUUAAGCACCAAUGGCGCAACUUGAUGGAUCACGUCACGAUUGAAUGCGAUGGAAUCGAUUACACUCAAAGGCUCAAGGCAUAUGGCACUCAUAGUGUGAUGUUCUUGAACAUUCGGAGCUACGCGGGAGGAACAAAACCGUGGAACAGAAAGUAUGGUCCACAGUGCAUGAAUGAUGGCCUACUCGAGGUCGUGGCCAUUGACAACUUAGAUCUGGCCAUCCUCCACGCGGGCGGUAGUGGGGCCAGUGUGUGUCAGUGCAAAAGAGCUGUCAUCACCACCAAUUCGUGCGUACCAAUGCAAAUCGACGGCGAACCAUGCCUUAUGAAGCCCUGUAAAAUUGUUAUAGAAUACAGGAAUAGGUCCAAAGUGCUAGUGAGAAACAAGACUGCAUCAUAUGCCGUUAAAGAUGAUGAGAUUGAAGAUUGGGCUGCGAAGAAGAUUCAAAGCAGCUUUAAAUUGUACAAACAUCAGAAGAGUCAAUCCCGAAAAAGUGAAAGCGAAAACCAAAAAACCAACGAGGAAACACUUUCCUAGGUCUCAACCACACGAUCCACAGACAUUGAAACUGAAUCAGCAUCCAAAUGAUACCCAUUCUUUCACCACCAGGCACCAGGACGAAGCAGACUUCUCAAUCCUCAAGCGUCUAUUAUUGGUUGAUCAGAUUGAUUGGUUCGCAUUUAAUGAAAUCAAAUUCAUAUCCCAAUCGUAAGAUACAUAGUAUGUACUGUUGGUUUCAUCAUCUGUUAGCGAAGUUGAUUCGCAUAGUCAAGACAUACUUCUGAAGAUGAUGCCUUCACUAUUAUUAAAGCCCCUCAACUCUGCGCAUUCGCUGAAUUCUACCACAAUUGUUUUUCUUCAUUGUUAUCAUUUUGAGCAAAUAUAGUUGAUUUUAUUGUUGUAA